GCGGCGGGGGUCCUGGGGGUCGUGAUGGUCCUGGUUCUAGUCAUCCUCAUCCCGGUUCUGGUCAACUCAGCGGGGACGGCGGCGCACUAUGAGAUGCUCGGCACCUGCAGGAUGGUGUGCGACCCGUACGGAACCAAACCCCCCACCAGCACUGCCUCGUCGGACCCGGCCCGAGACAACGGUCUCGUGCAGUCUUUACCCACUUUUAUCCAAGGUCCAAAAGGGGAACCGGGUCGUCCGGGUAAGGCAGGACCGAGGGGACCUCCCGGUGAGCCGGGGCAUCCCGGUCCAGCGGGGCCAUCUGGAGACCGAGGGGAGCCGGGCAGACCCGGGUUACCGGGACCUCCGGGGUCCGGGGGAGCUGCAGGGGCGAUCAGCGCGGCCACCUACAGCACCGUGCCAAAGAUCGCCUUUUACGCAGGGCUCAAAAAGCAGCACGAGGGCUACGAAGUGCUCAAGUUUGACGACGUGGUGACCAACCUGGGAAACCAUUACGACCCCAACGCGGGGAAGUUCACAUGCUCCAUCCCCGGGAUUUAUUUCUUCACUUACCACGUCCUGAUGCGCGGAGGAGACGGAACCAGCAUGUGGGCAGAUCUGUGCAAAAACAACCAGGUGCGUGCCAGUGCCAUCGCCCAGGAUGCGGACCAGAACUAUGACUAUGCCAGUAACAGCGCCGUGCUGCACCUGGAGCCAGGAGACGAGGUGUACAUCAAACUCGACGGGGGCAAAGCUCACGGAGGAAACAACAACAAGUACAGCACCUUCUCUGGGUUCAUCAUCUACGCUGACUAGACGCAACGACACGCUCUGACCUCAGAUAAUGCAGACCGCGUGGCCAAGUCCUUCACCGAAUCUUCCUCAGACUUCCUCUUUAAAAUGUGGACUAACCAGUAUACUUUCGCCGUCAUCACCUGCAUAUUAUUUCAUUUUGACAACAUCACUGUCCGAGUGACUUCGGACAAACGCAUUAAUGAAACGAUCGGAUUAUCAAAGUGUGGAAUGCUGUCACAUGGGGAGGAGUGCACGAAGCAUCAGUUAGCUGUAGCUUAUGAUGAGGUGAUGGUCUUACAUUAGGU